AUGGACCCCGCGGGCCCGCGCUCGGCCCUGCCGGAUCCCGCCGGAUCGGGCGCGCCGCCGCCGCCGCCGACGGCCGAGGUGGGCCUCGGGCGGGUUCCUCUCCGCGUCUGUGCGCGCUCUUUGCAGGAAUUGUCCAGGAGGGCGGCCGGGAGCGGGGGCGGCGGCGCUGCGGAGGCGUGCGGUGCGGCUCCGGCGGCCCAAUUGGGAGAUCCGAGGGUGGGGAUUUUGGAAUCUUCAGAUCAAGCACAGGGAUGUGUCCAUCCAUGUAAUAAGAAGGAUAUACCACAAUUUUCUGCUGAAGGCGCCACAAAAUGUGAAUAUGGAGUCCCUUCAUUGCCUCGGACUGGUGCACUUCUGCAGUUAGAACCUGCUUGCCUGACCUUGGGCCGUGCUUCUGAUGCAGUGCUGGCAGGAAGUUUGCAUGAUGCCAAUCCUUUGGCACGUGGCAAAGAGAACAUCCGGACAGACCUGCAACUUAAGCCUGAUGCAAAACGCGGUGAAAAUAGGAUGAGUGAUGCACCCCUUGGGUUGGAUCUUAAUAGAGUGGGUUCUUCUGAUGCGGCAGAGCUAAAUCCGUUCUUUCCUUACAAGAAGCUGGGUCAGUCGAAAGUUAGUGAUCCAUCAGAAUGUGGUAGUACAACUGGUGCUACAGGAGAAAGUGAGUCACAUAGAAAGUGGAGAGAAAUGAAGCAGAAUGGGUUCCUUUCUUCAACCCAUGGAACUGCAGUGGUACCUAAGCCACGUGGUCGACCGCCCAAGCGGAAAAGGGAUGAUGAGCUCAAGAGGAGCACUUCUACCCAGAAUGAACAGACUAAGUUCACAAAGGUUGCUGCUCCUAGUGGCCUAUUAUCUGGGCUGAAUCCAGGAAUCAUAAAUCAUGUAAGAAAUAGCAAGCAAGUAUACUCCAUAAUAAAGGCAAUGGUACGCUCUGAGGAGCUUGAGAACGCAAGCCAGCCUGGUCUUGCUGGCCAAACAGGUGAAAGAGGUAAAGAAGUUAUAGAGAGAAUUCAGGACCAGAAGUAUGGGGAUAGUUUGAUGAAGUGCCAUUUGAUGAUGGAAGGUAAUAAUGCGAUGUUUCAUCAUGGGCUGCCUACCGCAUCAAGAUUCAUCGCAGAGGAUGGUGACAAUCUGAAAUUGCAACUCUCAUCAACAGUCACCAUGGCUUCGGAUAGGACAUGUAGUACACUGGAUCAUGAAUCUCAACAUGAUUACAUGACUGUGCUAUCAGUUAAGGCUGCCAGUGUUGCCUCUCAAUGGCUGGAGCUUCUACAGCAGGACAUAAGAGGGCGGCUUGCUGCUUUGAAGCGCAGUAGGAAGAGAGUGAGGAAUGCUCUUCAAACUGAACUGCCGCACCUGAUAUCAACAGAAUUCUCAUCUAGUCAAGAGAAUGAACCGUCCAUUGCACAUUCUUCUGAAGCUGGGCCCAUGGGAAAAACAGCUUCAGAAGAACAUGUUGCACGGUGGAGGUCUCUAUUCCUUCAGAUGGAAAGAACACUGCAGGAGGAGGGAAGGCACUUGGAAAUUCGGUUGAAGGAAGUGCAAGGAAUGUUGCAGAAUUGUGAUAAAGGCCUAAAACAAGUGACCUGUGAGGCUCCACUGCUAGGCCCAAUGGCUGAACUAUGGAAGCUGAAGAACCCGGAGAUUUCCGAGAGUGAGUGGGCAGUGCAAGCUGCCGCUGCGUCCAUCUACUCGACGUGCAACCUGGUCAUGAAGACCGAGAAUGUCCCGUGCUUCUGAUCUUCUCGCACAUGUUGAUCUUGUUAC